CUCAGGCCCACCCGGGUGGUCGUAGCCGUGACCCGUGCUGCCGGCUCGUCCGCGCCCCCGCGGGACCAGGGGCUUCUGGGGUCCGCACCGGCCAGGCAGGGCCAGAGAACCAGGAGAACCUGACCGACCUCGGGGGAUGCUGCCCGAGGCCUUCAGAGCUGGUGCCGGGAAGCGAGGGCAGCGGUGUGUGGUAUGCGCGUGCGCGAAUGCUGACUGGACCCCCUGGUACAUGGUGGUCAGAGCAGGGGCUACUACCUGAGUGACAUGGACAGGACCCAGUGCUCUCAAGACUACAAGAUCUAGUAACGAAGAUGUGAAAACAGUGGCUCAGGAAGCACAGAUGAAAGAAGGUCUCUUGGCCAUGGCUGCCCCCCAGGGCUCUGAGGUGGGAGCAUCCCAGGAACAAGAAGGUCAGUUCAAGGACCUGCAGGGAAAGCUGGAAAGCUAUCCCAAGGCAGAAGCCACCACCCGCGGGGAGGACACUGCCGGGGCCACUGUGCAGGCACAGGAUGAACCCAGCGAGGUCCCGGGCACCAGCCCGAGCCCGCCCCUUCCCCCAGCCGACAGCAGGCCCCAGGGGCGCAGUGCACCUAGAAGGCCCCCGAAGCAGAAGAAGGCCGCCUGCGAGGAGGAGGGAGAGGAUGGCCCCAGAAAGCCGUGGAAGUGUGGCGACUGCGGCAAGGCCUUCAGCUACUGCUCGGCAUUCACGCUGCACCAAAGAACCCACACCGGUGAGAAGCCGUUCACGUGCGCUGAGUGCGGCAAGGCCUUCAGCCAGAGUGUGCACCUGACCCUGCACCAGCGCACGCACACGGGCGAGCGGCCCUACGCGUGCCCCGAGUGUGGCAAGGCCUUCAGCCAGGGCUCCUACCUGGCAUCACACUGGCGCACGCACACAGGUGAGCGGCCACACCACUGCACCGACUGCGGCAAGGCCUUCGCACGUCCCACACACCUGGCCCAGCACCGGCGCGUGCACACGGGUGAGCGGCCUUAUGCAUGCGGUCAGUGCGCCAAGGCCUUCCGCAACCGCUCAUCCCUGCUGGAGCACCAGCGCAUCCACACUGGCGAGAAGCCAUAUGCCUGUGGCCAGUGCGCCAAGGCCUUCCGCUUCUCGUCGGCACUCAUCCGCCACCAGCGCACACACACGGCCGAGCGGCCCUACGCCUGCAGCCAGUGCGCCAAGGCCUUCACACAAAUCGCGCAUCUGACGCAACACCGGCGUGUGCACACUGGUGAGAAGCCCUACACGUGCCCCGAGUGUGGCGCGCCCUUUAGCCAGAGCGCCUCACUCACGGAGCAUCGGCGUAUCCACACAGGCGAGAAGCCAUAUGCAUGCACACAGUGCGGGAAGGCCUUCACGCAGGUGUCACACCUGAGCCAGCACCAGCGCGUGCACACAGGUGAGCGGCCCUAUGCGUGCCAGGACUGCGGCCGCGCCUUCAGCAACCGCUCCCACCUGGUGCAGCACCACCUGGUGCAUACGGGCGCCAAGCCCUACAAGUGCCUAGAGUGCGGGGUGGCCUUCAGCCAUGUGUCCUCCCUCAUUGAGCACCAGAAGAUCCACACGGGUGAGAAGCCCUACAGGUGCACAGAGUGUGGCAAGGCCUUCAGCCAGGGCUCCUCGCUUACUCUGCACCAGCGGACGCACACGGGUGAGCGGCCCUACACGUGCCACGAGUGCGGCAAGGCCUUCAGCAACCGUUCCUACCUGAUCCAGCACCACAUCGUGCACACUGGGGAGAAGCCCUACGAGUGCAGCAGCUGUGGCAAGGCCUUCAGCUUCUCGUCUGCCCUCAUCCGACACCAGAGAAUGCACACUGACAAGAAGGCCUACCCGCGCACCCAGUGUGGCGACACCUUCACGCAGCUGCCACACCUAACUCGACCUCUGAGCUCCCGGAGGGAGGAGAAGCCUGUGAGCAGCAGCGACUCUUCAGACACUGCCGCAGACCAGCAGGAAAAUGAGGUCCUCCCCUAGUCAGGCAUUGCACCGAGCACUUUCACACCUCACUUCUGACCGCACAGCACCCAGGGGAGAGACCCUAGCCUCCCCAUGAGAAAACCGAGGCUCAGAGAAGCUCAGUGACUUGCCCAGGGUCACACAGGGAGGAAGCCACAGGGCCGGGCCUCCCCUCCACAUCUGCCAGACAGCCCCCAUCUCCACCACACAGAGACCCACUGCCUCUUGGUUCAGAAUGAUAAACGUCCACGACAGUGGACCCAAAGUACUGUCUGUGCAUCUCUAGCUAGCCUGUUAGUGGUUGAAGUUUUUAUGAUCGAGUAGGCAUUUGUUCAAUAAAAUUAAUUGG